AUGCCCGGAACACUGCGCCUCAAGAACGUCGACAUUGUCCUCGAGAACGAGACGAAGGUCUUCAACUUUGGCGAGAACGUGCACGGCCUGCUGAGAAUCGACUUCAAGGGCGAGCUGCCGCUGACCAAUCUGCAGAUUGGCGUUGUCUGCAUGUCCAAGAUCAAGCACGCCGAUGAGACCUUCGACCAGAAGAAGCUGCUGGAGAACUUCUACCAGCUGCCUAAAUCAGUGGCCUCUCAGGUGCUGCGCACCGGCGUCCACGAGAUUCCCUUUCGCUUUGCACUGCCUGACAGUAGCGAAUCACCGCCCACCUUUGACGGCCGCUACGGAGCGAUCAACUACUUCGUUGAGUGCAUCAUCGAGGUGGAGGAGCUGCACCGAACGGGCCUGGAGAUUAAAAUCGAGAGUCCAGUCAAGUCGAACUUGCUGCUAACGGUGAGCGGAAGUUCGGAGAAGGACCUCGGCCUCUUCUGCAUCGGCUCCGGCUCGGUCACUAUCGAGGCGACCAUCGACCGGAAGGGCUACCUGCCCGGGGAGACCAUUCAGCUGAAGACCUUCAUCAACAACAUGACCACGCUGAAGGUGCAGCCACGGGCGACGCUCUACCAGACGCAGAUCUUCAUGACCGGGGAUCGGCAUCGAACGCUGGAACUGGUCCUCGGCGAACCUUCCUACGGAAAUGAAGUGGAGCCAAACGAGGUAGCGGAGGAGGUGAUUGAGAUUACCAUACCAGCUCGGGCCCAGCUGACCAUGAAGUCGAACAUCAUCACCGUCAAGUACUUCGUUCAUGUAACCUUGGAUAUACCUCAGAACAAAGACCUGCACAUCAACUUGCAGUUCGUGGUGACGAACAAGGCGGCAAUCCUCGAGGCGCAGCAGGCCUUCGCCGAGGCCCUCGAGGGCCUGGAGGAACGCUUCCGGGCAAGGGAGGAACGUCGGACGAAGAAACGCCUCGGAAGUGGCAGCGGCAGCAAGAACAGCAGCUUCGGCUCGAACAAGGACGUCGCCGGAGCGGACUGA